CCAGCGUAAUGCCCUGAGCAGCAGCAAAAUCAAAACAUCCACCACUCGUAACUAUCGCAUAUUUGUUGCAGUUGGCUGGGAUGCCGGAUUGUGUUGGCCCGGGCGGAGUAACUGAUGUUUUUCUUGUUGUGGGGGUUAUUUUAGAGGAUGUGGAAGUUGUUUUGCUGGUUGUUGUGAUUGGUUUGGACGUGGUUGAGGUUGUUGAGGAGAUUGUGGUGGGUGCUUUGACGCAGUAGGCGUCGCCGGCGAUGAGGGAUGCGCAUGUAGCUAGGGAAGAAAAUAAAUCAGCACGAAAAAGUUGCAGAAUUCAGAAGGGAUGCAACCCGGAACAAGAAUGGCGUCUCAACAAGGCAACAGGGGGUCUUACUUCCAACAGCGGGAUUCCAAGCAUAAAACUGUG